UGAUCUUUUUUGCAUGACAGAGAGAGUAGCCCACUGGAUGCUCUUUCUGGGUCUGUACACUAUAUAUAUUUUUGAAACUUCGCCCAAUUUCCAUAUCAAUGGCGAUAAGAACUCUUCUUCGCGCCAGAAUAAGUACUCACCAUUUCCCCCUCACAAUCUUCCAUCACAAUCACAUACCACCUACCAACACCAACAUCUACAGCCAUCAGUUCGCAUCCCUUUUGCACAAAACUAAUUUCACUUCCAGUCCAGACGUCCCACCCUCUAAUUCACACCUAGUAAUAAGUGAACUCUCUCGCAUCCUAAGCGAUUACAGAAAUCCCCACAACGACAUUGAAUCAGCUCUCAAUCCAUUCUCCGACAAGAUUUCGGCUAACAUAGUUGAGCAAGUUCUUAAACGCUGCAAAAAUCUUGGGUUUUCAGCUCACAGAUUCUUCAUUUGGGCAAAUAAAUUAUCGGGGUUUUAUCAUAGUAAAGAAAGCUAUCACAUUCUUGUUGAUAUUUUAGGAAGUAGCAAACAGUUUCCUUUGUUGUGGGACUUUCUUGUUGAGUUAAAAAGGAACAAAUCUUGUGAAUUAGGUCAAGAUAUUUUCUGGCUUGUCUUUAGGUCUUCUAGUAGAGCUAAUUUACCUGUUGAUGCAAUUAGGAGUUUUGAUAAAAUGAUUGAUUUUGGGAUUACACCGAGUGUAGUGGAUGUUGAUCAGCUUUUGCUUGCAUUGUGUAAAAGAAAGCAUAUGAAAGAAGCCAAACAGUUCUUUGAUAGAGUUAAAGAUGGGUACAUGCUGAGUGUGAAAUCUUACAGCAUUAUGAUAAGGGGAUGGGGAGAAAUGGGAGAAGUAGUUGAGGCACAGAAACUGUUUGAUGAAAUGCUUGAGCGAGGUUUUUCAGUUGAUUUGUUAGCUUAUAAUAGCAUUUUGGAGUCAGUGUGCAAGGCAGGAAAAAUGGACGAGGCCUAUAACUUGUUCAUGAAGAUGAGGUCCAUGGGAUUAAGGCCUGAUGCUUUUACGUAUGCUGUUUUUAUUCAUGCUUAUUGUGUAAAGGACGAUAUUCAUGCAGCUUUUAGGGUCCUUGAUCGGAUGAAAAGGUACAAGCUUGUGCCUAAUGUAUUUACGUACAAUGUUAUCAUCAAGAAGCUUUGCAAGAGUGACAAGGUUGAGGAUGCUUACCAACUGAUAGAUGAGAUGAUUGAACGAGGGGUAAAACCUGAUUGUUGGAGUUAUAAUACAAUCCUUGCUUGUCAUUGUGAUCAUAGCGAAGUCAAUUUGGCACUUAGGCUGAUCUCAAGAAUGGAGAAGAACGGUAGCCUGCCAGAUCGUCAUACAUAUAACAUGGUGCUUAAAAUGCUCAUAAAGGUCGGAAGGUUUGAUAGAGUUGAGAAAGUAUGGGAGAGUAUGGAAGGCAGGAAAUUUUAUCCUUCAGUCUCAACAUAUGCUGUUAUGAUACAUGGUCUCUGUCAGAAGAAAGGCAAACUUGAGGAAGCAUGUAGAUAUUUUGAAAUGAUGAUAGAUGAAGGGAUCCCGCCAUAUGGUGAAACCUGUGAAUUAUUGCGGAAUAGACUUAUAGGUUUAGGAUUUGCAGAGCAAAAAGAUAUUCUUGCGGAUAAGAUGGAAAGAAGUACUUCUUGUUUAAUUCAAGAGCUAACAAACAUAAUGAGAGGAAACAAGGCCCGUGCCAGAUUGAGACGUGAAGAAGAAACUCUGAUAGUGAUGAGUAAAAGAGUUCAAUGUGCCGGAGAAGUAGAAUAGCCUCAAUUCCUUUGGUCAAGGUGAUACAUAUUCUUAAUGCCUGUUGUUUGUUUGCCGCUGCAUGCUUGACAUUUCUCUGUUUACUUUUACUGGUAGCAGCUAGUGAUGUUGACUUGGUCGUUCUUGGAGGCUACUUCUCGCGGAGAUGGAAAACUGUAGCCUAAGCAGCAAAACUUUCCUAAUUGAUCUUUGUUAUAGCCAGCUGUAGCAAAAAAGGUGCUGUGAUAAGUUUCUUGAUCCGUAGCCAAAUAAAUGACUCUAUUUGCUUGUAAAGUAUCUAGAUGUGGUGCAGCAGUAAAGCACCAGGUUUGCAAGAAUAUUGACCUCAAGUUGCAUAAAGAGCUUAUUGAGGUUCUAUGAGUGGAUAUGUGGAUUUGGACAACUGGCUUUCUUAGUAAAGGAAUGGCGGACAUGUAGUUAUCACUUGGAAUCCCGGGUUAACAUUGGGCUCUGAUGAAUGUUGUGUUAAGCCACUUAGCUGAAGAGAGAUCACUUUACAAGAAUAAACAAGGGCAGCAAGAUUGUUAGCUACUUAAAUUAGCCUGUCAACCACUGCUCGAGGACACCUUUAAGAGUUUCCUUUAUUGUUAUCAGGGCAUCUUUGAAAUGCUCAAAUGCUAUCCUUCUGUGUUUUUGUUGGAACUAAAGAAGUAAAUGUUGAAUCCGGGGUUUUUUAGGAGAUGCAGAUGCAUAAUUAGUGAAUGUGCUGCUUCUGCUAUCUAUUGUAGUUUCUAGUUUGUGAAGUUACUAGAUCAAAGCUGCUGGUAAUGUGAUUCAGGAGUGUUGUAUCAGUCUAUGAUUGCAGAUGUGAUGGCAAGUUGGUUGCUUGGGAAUUGACCAGGAAGGGAAAUUGCAAAAGGUGUUUACCAGUUCAUAGAACAAUCCUCCAAAUAUUUAGCAGCAUGUUCCUUCGGGCACUUGGAUUUGGUUUUGUUGUUGAAAUGCUGCAGCUAUGGGUGUAUUCGAGUAGAUUGCUAUGGUAGGCUGAUUCAGAUGAGGAGGGAUGUGAGUUUCACAAUUUGAGAAGUUACAGAGAAUGUCUUGCCAACUGAUACAUGCUGUGGUAAAGGAGCUUUCGGAUGAGAUUGCAUCAAAAGAACAUGCAAGAGUUGAUUGCAGUAAACUUUAUUGAGAACGUUCUUUGUGCUGGAGCAUGUUGUAUUCAAUCGCUCUCUGCAUUGAGUCAAAGGAGGGUUCCUUAUCUCAAAAAGAAUAAAAAAGAAACAAGAAAAGAGAAUGAUUUGAAGAAAGUAUAGGUACCCUGCUGCAUGCAAAAGCUGCACUUUCAUUCUUGUUAUAGCACUUCGCUUUAACAGAGCAUUGGAGAAGAAAGCAUUUGAGCUUCUACAAGCUAUACCAGAAUCCUUCUUAUCACUUCAUGUGCGAUUUCAGUCUGACAUGGUAGCUUACAGUCAACGUGAGUACUCCAGUCUUUCUCCUAUAUUGGUAAAUCAUAUAGAAGCUCGGCGGGGGGAUAUAAAACCUUGGAUCUAAUUAAUGGACAUAUUUGGAGAAGCAGUGGGAAGUGCCCUUUUAAACCAAAUGAAACUUGCCUCCUCCUUCAGGAUCUCUUCAUUCCUACAGACAACAACAAUUUAUUUGGCAGCUGGUGAUGGCCUGAAGGAACUUGGCGGAGAGGAGUUAUUAUCCGAACAUAUUACUGGCUACUUAGUACUUACUAUCCAAACAUAUACAUGGAUAAGAUGGUUGCAGCAAUGCGAGCUUUUAAGGGGUUGCGUAAGACACCCUCACACUGUUCUUUAGAAGGAGGGCUUUGGAAGUUAACCUAUCAGGAGCUUAACUGGAAGGAAUUAAUAGAAACCCUGUGGCAGGUUCAUAAAGAUGAUUUCAUAAUGGGUAGAGGUUCUGCUCUAGCAAACUGUUUUUGCGACCUUAAAGUAUGUUGUCUUGUACCUGUUCCUAUGUUGGUUCGUUUCUUUUUCUUUGUACCAGCUAGCUAGUUUAAAAAGAAGAGUUAUAGCCCAUUUCGCCAAGCUGUUAUUUUGAGAAGUAUUUUUUUUUCAAAAGUGCUUUUCUCAA